AUGGUGAUUAUCUUUAACUUUUUGUCUUUGUUUUUCGUUUUCGGUUUAAUUUUUCCUCUUUUUUAUAUUUUUAUUUUUUACCCAUCAUUACUCCUUGUUUUUGUUUUCUUUCUUUCUGUUUCUUCUCUUUUCUUUUUAUCCUUCUUUCUUUUUUAUUUGUUUGUUUCUUUUUUUUUUCUUUCAUUCAUUUCCAUAUUCAUUGAUUUACUUCGUCUCUCCGAUAUUCAUAUCUAUCUAUCUAUCUAUCUAUCUAUCUAUCUAUCUAUCUAUCUAUCUAUCUAUCUGAAUUUGUUUAUAGCUCUGUCUAUCUACCAUAUUCCGUUCAUAUCUAAUUCUGUUUCCCCCUUUCUCACUCUCUCUCUCUCUCUCUCUCUAUCUAUCUAUCUAUCUAUCUAUCUAUCUAUCUAUCUAUCUCUGUUCCCCACUCUCCCUCUCUAUCUGUCUUCCUGUCUAUCUAUCUACCAUAUCCUGUUCAUAUCUAAUUCUGUUUCCCCCUUUCUAUCUAUCUAUCUAUCUAUCUAUCUAUCUAUCUAUCUAUCUAUCUAUCUAUCUAUCUGUCUGUCUGUCUGUCUGUCUUGGUUUAUAGCUAUCUACCAUAUUCUGUCCAUAUCUUAUUCUAUUCCCCCCUUUCCAUGUAUCUAUCUCUCCAUCUAUCUAUCUAUCUAUCUAUCUUAA